AUGAAGAAGAGACAUCUCUCCGAUAAUGAACACCAUGAAUUAUCCUCAUCUACACAGCAUCAUAAGUCCUCAACAUCAUUCCUUAUCCAUCCUAUUUCAAUUCUUGAAUCAUCUAAUCAACCUUAUCAUCAUCAAACUUCCACCACCUGUAAUCAAAGUGUUUACAUUGACUCUUCAAAAUGCAUUUUAGAAAACCUCCAACACUCUACAAUAGGUAGUAACAGUUUUCAACCAAAAGCCGUAAUAAAGGUUCAUUCAUCAACUGAUCAUAAUCUUAAUCAAAGAUCACCACUAGAUAAACUCUACACAAUACCUUCUCCUUCUUUCUCAAUGUCAACAUUUAGUCUGAAAAAAGAAGGGAGUCAAAAUGGUCGUAAUCUUGAUGUUCCCUCUCUUCCACAACCGGUUUCAUCAUCAAACACUUUCAACCAGUGUAAAAUACCUACGUUUGGACGAUUGAGCUCAAUCCUUUCAAAUAAUCAUAACCAAGUUAUAUCUCCUAUGUUAAAAACAUCUUCUAUAUCCACUUACGGAGGACCAAUCUCAUACCAAUCAAAAGAUUAUAAACAAUUUCCAUUUCUAAUGCCAAAUACUUCUACAAAACCAAAUAAUGGAUGGGUGAAUCCGCCCCUCUCACACGAUCAUGAUUAUUCUACAUCCCAAAUGUUAGGCACAUCUUCGAUGAACAAAUGUGGUGAGACGAAGUUGAAGUACUUAAAUGAUCGUUACCCAUUCAUGCCUUCGAUGUUUAACCAAUCUUCCCUAUCUAAUGUAUCGAAUGAUCAUGAUCUAUUCCCAUCCUUAAUUUGCAAGACAUCUUCAAUUCCCCAAAGUGAAUGGAUUAUCCCAAGUCCUUUAGACGAUCCUAACAAAAUCCCAUCACCUAGGCUCAAUACAUCUUCAAUGCCACUAAGUAGAUGGAUGAGCUCAAGCCUUUUAUAUGAUCCUGACCAGCUCCUAUCUCCAAUGUCCAUCAACACAUGUGGAGGAGUAGACUUAGACCCUUUGAGUAAUGAUCAUAGAUGUCCACCAUGUCAACCUGUGUAUCGCAUGACAACAAACUCAUUUUCUAUGCAUAGUAAAGAUCAAGAUUAUUGUUCUUGUGAUCCAUCAACUGUUGAGAUUAAUGACUUCUUCAAUUUUGAUAUAUUUGAUGAAAAUUCUAUGAAAGCACACGCAAGUGGGGUUCACAGUGAUCAUUACUGUGCAUCAUCAUAA